AUGGCGCACUUCCCGCCAAUUGACGUGGCCGCCCUCUGCGCCGAGCCAAACAACAAGGCAGAGGCCGGAUACACUCUCAAGGCACGCGAGGCGCUCAAGCAGCUCGCAAGGUACGACGGCUCCCACGACUACGCCUACUGUUGGGGCUACACCAUUUUCCGCACUGUCUACACGCCUGGCUCUGACGAGCGCGUCGCGGCUGCCCUCGAGCGUCUCGCCGUUUACGCCAGACAAUUUGUGACGCACGAUACGCAGCUGCAUCCAAGGGGCCCAGGGGGCGCAACCCCAUUUGACACAGGCCCGAACGAGGCGCUCAUCGGCCGCUACUACAGUGAGCUGGUGGAGGAUGAGCAGAGCCUGGCGGACCUCGGCGAGAGCGAGGUCGGCGAGCGGUUUGAUGCCUGGAUCGCCCAGCACCGCAGUCGUCCUGGGCGCGAGCGAAACACCAGGUUCGAGUUUUGCCUGAUGCUCGACGAGGAGAGCCUUGACAACAUCCUGGCGCUUCCGCCGGAUCCGUACGCCCCUACCAGCAAUCAUGAUGCGGAUGGCGAGGACGAGAACGAGUGCUACGUCAAAGUCAUCUCGAAUAGGAUCAAGACGGAAGACGAGCCGGGCGCCGUCGGCCGAUACUGGCUGAGAGUCGGCAUCGUUGAUUAUCUGUGGCCCAUGUUUUUCUUUCCCUGCGACUCGGAUAUUUUGAUUGAGGAAAUGGGGGUCUAUGACCCGGAAGAUGGCGUCCAAAAUCUUUGGGGCACCCCCCAGGACUGGGACAGGGAACAUAUGGCUAUGGCCGGCAUAUAUUGA